UACAUUACUAAUUUUGUACUUCUCCAUAAGUUGACUUGCAAAAUUUUGUUUAUCUUGUCCCCGGUUGUAGGAUGCUCAAUUGUUAAUUAAGCGUGAGAAUGAGCAGGAAGGCAAACAAAGAAAGUAUAAUUAACAAGUGCAUAAAAGCACCAAUAAGAAUUCUAAUUAAAGCCAGGGAUUGCUACGUCCGGAGCCUAUCGGAUUGUUCUGGCAAAAUUGGCUAUGGAAGUGCCAUUGACUCAUGUCCUGCUUUUGCACAAAUCUCCUCUUUGCCUAGAAGUUUCAGUGUCAAUUCAUCUGCGUCUAGUGGUGAUGAAGAUUUCAGGGAGCUGAUGCGAAUUUCUUCGAGAAGAAAUCAUAUGGAAUUGGAGAUCAUGAGGCAAAAAUCUCUCGCUAAGAAAGGAAUAAAUGUUGUGCCUCGGACUCAUUCUAUUGCCAUUGGAAGAAUUGAUGAACAAGAGCCGUGUGAUUUUGGUGAGGAAUUCAAAAUGAAUGCAGAUGUUUAUCCAAGAAGAAGAAGCUAUGCUGUUUCUUCAGGAAGGGCAAAAAGGAUGAUAAUUUGAAACAGAAUCCAAACAACAACAACAACAAAAAAAAAUCUUCAUCCGGUUUUCAUCGAUUGUUUCCUGAAUUUUAAUUUG